GGGGAGGAACAAGAAGUGUUUGUAGCCGAGUGAAACAUCUGGAGCCAGGUGAUGAUAUCGUAUGUAGUUUCCUAUCAAAAAGAUAUUUCUCUAUAAAAUAAAUUAAAUCAGUGGGAACCACAAUGUUCCACGUGUGGACCUCAUACAGUACAUUCUGUCGUGCAGCCAUAAAAUCAAUGUUCUCUGCAGGCGUUUAAAAACAUAAAACAUACUGUUGCAUUAAUAACUGGCUGAGUUUCUAUGCUUUGAAUAAGCCUGGCUAGAUACAUAUGGGUACUGUCUUUAACUGUUUUACUGUUGUCUAACUCGUUUGUCGUAUAGAGGCUUGGAAAUUCCUUAAACACAACGCGAUAAAAUGGAUCAGUAGAAGCACAGAACGAGCAGGUUGGAGGGUGUGCGUAAUGAAAGGAAGAGCGUCAAACGUGCCUUUAAAAAAAGAAAAAAAAAGAAAAAAAGAAACCCAGUCAAGAUACAAUAAGAUUAGUUUAUAAUGAAGCUUUUCAUAUGAAACUGUUCCUUUCAUUCGGCGCAGGUGUACAAUUGGGGUGGGGGGUGGAAGCUCGAGGAGUCUCGCGCCUAGGUGCGAGAAGAUUAUUCAAAUAGGGCCCAGGCAUAGAAGUGGGGAUUGGAGGCUUGCCUCGCGCGCGGCGCUAUAUCACAGCGUUAACAGGCAGCACGGAGCGUCAUUUGAACUCCAGUCACUGACGGACGCGUUUCGCGGCUGGCUCCGUAAGACACACAUGCGCCAGCCCCCCCCCCCCCCGACGACGGGACACGCCGACGACCCGCACACACUCUCCAUAGUCCCCAGUCACCUGCUAUUAGAGAGACUUUUGGCUUUUCCUCUGCUGGGAGACGCUUGGUGAAAGUCCUCCAUGAUGCUUGGAGCAGUUAAAAUGGAAGGACACGAACACACCGACUGGAGCACCUACUACGGAGAGCCCGAGUGUUACACCUCAGUUGGCAACAUGAACACGGGCCUCGGGAUGAACUCGAUGAACACCUACAUGAGCAUGUCCGGCAUGAGCACCACCGCCAACAUGACGGCCAACUCCAUGAACAUGUCCUACGUCAACACGGGCAUGAGCCCCUCCAUGACCGGCAUGUCGCCGGGCGCCGGCGCCAUGAACGGCAUGGGCGCGGGCAUGACGGCCAUGAGCGCCGCCCUGAGCCCCAGCAUGAGCCCCAUGACCGCGCAGCCCGCGUCCAUGAACGCCCUGACGUCCUACACCAACAUGAACGCCAUGAGCCCCAUCUACGGACAGUCCAACAUCAACAGGUCCAGGGACCCUAAGACCUACCGCAGGAGCUACACGCACGCCAAGCCGCCGUAUUCCUACAUUUCUCUCAUCACCAUGGCCAUCCAGCAGUCUCCCAGUAAGAUGCUGACACUGGCCGAGAUCUACCAGUGGAUAAUGGACCUCUUCCCCUUUUACCGGCAGAACCAGCAGCGCUGGCAGAACUCCAUCCGCCACUCGUUGUCGUUCAACGACUGCUUCGUCAAAGUGCCCCGAUCCCCGGAUAAACCCGGCAAAGGCUCCUUUUGGACGCUCCACCCGGACUCCGGGAACAUGUUCGAGAACGGCUGCUACCUGCGGCGGCAGAAGCGCUUCAAGUGCGACAAGAAGAUGGGCAAGGACGGCGGCCGCAAGUCGGGCGACGGCGGCUCCUCCAACAGCAGCUCCGAGAGCUGCAACGGCAACGAGUCCCCGCACUCGAACGCGUCGUCCGGCGAGCACAAGAGGUCCCUGUCGGACAUGAAGGCGAGCCAGGCCCUGAGCCCGGAGCACGCGGCCGCCUCCCCGGUGGCACAGGGGCAGCACCUCAUGUCGCAGCAUCACUCGGUGCUGGCGCACGAGGCGCACCUGAAGCCCGAGCACCACUACUCCUUCAACCACCCCUUCUCCAUCAACAACCUCAUGUCCUCGGAGCAGCAGCAUCACAAAAUGGACCUAAGGACUUACGAGCAGGUGAUGCAUUACUCCGGCUACGGCUCCCCGGUCGCCGGGGCUCUUUCCAUGGGCUCCAUGGCGGGGAAAGCCGGUCUGGAUUCGUCGUCCAUACCGGACACGACUUACUACCAGGGCGUGUAUUCCAGGCCGAUCAUGAACUCCUCGUAAAGCGUACGAACACUUCACGCCUGCAUUUAACGUGGACUUUAUUUCCCGUCAAUUUGUACAUUUGUAAAAAAAUUAUAGAGUUUGUGUACAAUAUGUAUUUCAGAUAUUUUUGACGUUUCCCACCAUUUUAGUUGUCGAGUUCGUUAGUAGCCUAAUUAUUUUGGAAAAAGGAUGUUGACAAUAAUAACAAGAAUAAUAAUUAGAAGUAAUGAUAAUGUGACACGAGAUCUGUUCAGAAGUCGGCUUCAGGAAUGGACCCAAAGACAUACAACAGCUUGCUGUAAUAUAGCCUACGUCUGCGUAUGUGGAUUCCUAAAUGAAUUUAAACGCCUCGCAGGAUUUCUUCAAUCAUUUGUGUAAUUCCUAUUUAUGGCUUGUAUAUGUGUAUUCUUGUAGUGACAAGAGCAAAAUCUAUAUUAAAGUGUUAUUGGUUUUGUUUUCUGAA